CCGCCGCCUUCCCCGUUUCAAUUGGCUGCCGUUUUGCCGCGUGCGCCACAACUGCCAUUUUGAAUCAGGCUGCUAGUGGCGCGCUCUUUCGCUGCCUGCUACCCCGGAGUAAAAGCGUUUGGUGGUUGCGGGUCCGCUUCGGCCCUGCGGAGCGCAGAAAUAGUAAAGAUGUCUACACCCGAAAAAGGAGGAAAGGCUGAAGGAACAAAGAAGAAAAAUAAGCCUGAUAAGUCUUCCACAAAAACAGAGGAAGAAAAAAUGGAAAGUGAAGAGGAAGAGGAAGAAAGAGUUGGAUUACUGGAAAGAAGUCCGAUUGUAGAGGGGAAAAGGGAAAAGAAAAAAGUGGAAAGAUUGACUUUACAAGUGACGCCAUCUGCAAAAGAGACAUUCAGUAUUCCUGAAGGUAGAGGCACAAGGCUGGGAGAAAUUGAGAGAAUACAGUAUUUCAUGAGCAAAACAAAGGCUGAAGAUCUCAAAAUACUGCACAAAAUCUUAUACAAUAGGCCAGGUUCGCUUCCCACAUUGAAGAAAAACAUUCGUCUCUUCACUGGAUUUGCAUUUGAAAGUGGCAGUGACCAGCACAAGAAAAAAGAAGAGAUACUGAAAAAGAAUCCAAUAUCAGUAUUGAAGGUGAUCUGUAGUGUCCUGGAUCUGGAAAGAAAGGGCACUAAAGAUGAACUUGUAUCAAAAAUUUUGAACUUCUUGAUGAGACCCAAAGCAUCUGGGAAGUCACUACCAAAGCCCAAGAAAAAGCGUCAAAAGGGUGGAAAGAAGGAAAGUUCAGGGUCCAAGAAGAAAUCAAAGGCUUUAGAAGAGAUUCUUACAGAUGAAUCCAGCAGUGAGGAAGAAAAGAAAGAACAGGAAAAAUCUUCACAUGAAAGCGAUGUGGAAGAAACAGUGGAGCCACCAAAGAAAGGAACUAAAAAAGAGAAGGCCACAACAAAAGCAGUGUCUAAAGGCAAGAAGGGACAAAAUACUAAAAUAACAAAUGUGAAAAAGGCAGACAGUAGCACUGCAAAGAAAACUGCAGCUCUUGCCAAGAAGGAAAGUGAAUCAGAGGAUGGUUCUGAUGAUGAACCAUUGAUUAAGAAACUGAAGAAACCACCUACAGAUGAAGAAAUAAAGAAAACUGUCAUGACCUUGUUGGCUGAUGCAAACUUGGAAGAAGUCACAAUGAAACAAAUUUGCAAAAAGGUAUUUGCUGUCUAUCCAGAAUAUGACCUCUCAGACAAAAAAGAUUUUGUCAAGAACACUGUGAAAGCGUGUAUUUCAUGAAGUGGUCCUGGUUCAAAGAAAUCGGCAAAGUGAUAAGAUGGUGUUGAUACCAUAUUCCCUAUCGAUUGUGAGAAUGAAUGAACACCAGCACAAAUAAGAAUGCUUGAGUGGGGAUUGAUGUAGAUUAUCUUAUGCCAAUACCAAUUGACUAUCCUUCAAACUAGAUUUGGCUUCUUUAGCUAUAGUUCUGCCUUUUAAGACUUGAACUUUUAUCUGUUAAAUUUUCUAGUAGUAUACUAGUUUUUUAAAACCUGUUUAUGAACUGUAAAUUUGAUGAGUUGUGAAUAAAUUACCUGAUAACUUGAUUAUGGUUAAGCAUUUUUUUCUUAGUAGCUCAACUUCAGCUGAAUAAUUGGAAAAGUAGCUGCUCUUCCUGAGCUUUAAAGUGGAUCACAGUUGCAUGUACUGUUAAAGCAAUUUAAUUUUUAAUCUUUGAUUUGUUCUUCUGUAUUUAAAUGUUCUCAAAGCAAAGCUGCAGUUUUAAUUUUUUAAGAGGGGAGGUUUUAUUAGUGAUGCAGAAUAUGUACAUUCAUAAUUCAGUUCUUUGUAGAACCUGUUUUGACUAUUAACAUGCCCCAGCUUGAAGAUUAAAUAAAAGUGCAAGGAGACA